AUGGCAGCAACAAUAUAUUGUACAACUAAUAAUGCCUUUCAUCAACAUUCAUUAACGACAGCAAGAUCACAAUAUUCACCUGUUCUUCGUCGAACAACUCUGUCAACAUCAUUUUCUUCUACAACUUCAUUGACACAUAUUGAUCAACAAUCAAUAAUAAAAACAAUAGAAAGUGAUGAAAACAAUAAUGAACAUCAUCAUGAUAUCGAAAUUACUACAUAUGACGAUAUCGAUAAAGUUCUAUAUAUUACAAGUGAUGAUGAUGAUGAUGAUGUUGAAGAUAUUGAUGUUAAUGAUAAUGAGCAUCAUAUGACAGAUGAUAUUGACGCCGAAGAAUUUUUAGCACUUGUUGGUCUUCGAUCUAAAGCAAAGAAACCAAAAAUUUCUAAUCUAACAUUACGACCAUUAACUCAACGAUUAGCAUCUCCAGUAUGUCUUCUUCCUAUACCAAAAUAUAGUGAGCGUGUUCGACAAGCUUUAUAUAUUCGUUUACCAUUCUUGAAAUUUUUAACAAUUACACAUGAUAUUGAAUGUUUUUGCUCAACGGAUGAAAAUGCCAAAGCACAAAGUCUUCUACCACGUUCAAUAGCACAAAAACGUGGUUUAUCAUCACUAUAUAAAAGUCCGAAAAAACGAAAACUGCCAAAGACAGAAUUCAUCAGUUUGGCUACUAAUACACUCCGGCAUAAUACAAGUAAAAUCUCAAUAUAUAAUCCAGUGCAUUCGGCUCUGCAAUGUCACGUCGUUCUUGAUCGGUUAGGACAAUCAACAAUUGAUCAAAUAAUGCAGAGUUCAUCUGAAGAUGAUAAUGCAAGUAUUGCAUCAGUCUCAAUAUCACAUAAACUAUUAUAUGAAACAUCUGCCAAGACUCAUUGUCAGUUGCCAUCAACUACGAAUGGAGCAACAGUACAAAGGACGAUGAGAACGGACAAGAUUGCCGUCAAACGUAAAUUGACAACAGCAGAAAUAGAUAAGCGAAAACGAUUCAAAUCAGCGAAUCAUGAUCGUUCUAUGCGUACUGAUGAUAAUAUAGUAAAUGAUUUAUCUUCAUUGGCAUAUCAACGUAUCUAUUUAAAAUGUUUUAUUUGUUCAAAACGUGAUUAUGUCGAUGCUAGAAUGACAAAUAGUGAUGUUUUACAUUCUCAUUGGCUUGAACAUGGCGGAAAUUUAUCAUUAAAUAUAUAUGAUUCCGAAAUUGAUUCAAAGUUGACACGUGUUGUUGAAUUUUUUGAUUCAUCUAAACAACAAAUAUUAGAAGGAAAAGUUAAAACAAUUUUUAUACUUAAUUCUAAAGAAAUCAAAUGUUCUUCGACAAACAAUUUAUCUUCAAAUGAUUCACUUAUUGUUAUUGAUUAG